AGGAGAUGGGUGACAGCUGGGAUGAGACGAGUGUGGAUAUAAGUGAGGCUGAUACCAGUACUUUUGGGAAGCACACUGAUUCUGAUGACCUCGACAAGGCACUUUUCGGAGGUCUAGGCAAUACCAACAACAGCAAACCAUCCCUUUUACAAGCCAUGAAGAAGUCCACUGGUAAAUCCAUGUUUGACGACGAAGACAAUAAACAAGCAACGUCCAAACCAAAACCAUUCACCUCCCCCAAACCUGAAGUUAAGAAAGCUACCUUCCAAUCAACUCCAAAACCUAAAGCUAAACCAGCCAGUGAGGACGAUCUACUUGCAGAUCUUCUUGGAGACUCGGACUACUCAGAAAUCUCGUCAGCAAAACCUCUACCCAAACUCCCUGCUAAACCAGCCAAGCAAUCAUCUGCUGCUCCUUCAGCAAAAGCAGCUCCAAAAAGACAGACACCUGCUCCCAAAGCCAAGAAAGAAAUCUUGUUUGAUGAUGAUGAGGAUGAUUUGUUGGGUAUGUUGGAUUCUGAACAUGAGACUCCAAAACCUUCAUCUAAACCUGUUACGCCUGCCCGGGGGAGAAAUGCCCCUGCAAGUAAACUCGAUUCCACUCCAAAAUCAAAAUCAAAAUUUGAUCAGAUUUUAAAUAGAACUUCUCUGAUGAAAGAAGAGCCAUCUAGAGACACUUCCACGCCAGUUAAACGUGGUCCAAAAACCGAUGACUUUGAGAAUAUGGGCUUUACUCCGAGUUUCUUCAGUUCGAGUGGUCCAGGAAGAUCAAGGCGUGGUUUAAACAGUGGUGCUAACAGCGGUGCUAACAGUGGUGCUAACACGCCUAAAUCUGGCUUACAACCUGACGACACUUUCAGUAUGCUUAUGAAAGAGGACAAGGAUGAUAUUUUUGGAGGAACACCGGCAAAGUCUUCUACCCCGGCAAAAGCAUCAAGUAUAGAGGAUAUGUUUAGAGUUGACCGUACUCCAGGAAGUCGUCAUGGUACUCCUGCUAAACCUUCUGCUGCUGAAGAUAUAUUCAGGGUUGAUAAACCAAGCACUCCCGCAACCAAAGCAUCGAGUAUUGACGAUAUGUUUAGGGCAGAUCGCCAGAGUAGACCAGGAACAGCUAGAUUAGAGGGACGUUCACAGACCUCAACCCCAAUUAACAUGGACAAACCAGUCAACACAUUCUCUGAUGUUAGACCGCAUACUCAUGCUGGUCAUCCAGGUGAGGGUGAUAUUUUUACACAAAAUAGACCACCUUCAGCUGGUAGACGGGCCAAUACGGGACCACCAAACAGGGGCGGUGGACAAUCAGAAACACCACGACGAAGACGAUCAGAGGACAGUUUGUUCGCAGACGAGGACAUCCCCAACAAGUCUAUGCCCUGGGAGAAUAACGAGAAUAAAGCCUCAUCAGCGUUGCCGUGGGACAAACCAGCAAGUCCACCUAACCAGGUCCCCGGACCCGGUACCCCAGUCAGUCAACCCCCUGGUACCCCAGCUAGUAAGACUCCUCUUCCUUGGGAAAGCAAGACGUCAGACACACCUCAGGCGGAAGCUACAGGAGGGAACGCGACACAGAUGAUACUAAAGCAAAACGGUGUUCUUGAAAAGAAAAUCUCCGAAUUAGAGGCAGAGAAAGAAAAGUUGGAACGAAACUUGAACGAAUCGACAAUGAAAUACUCAGAAACUUCCGGCAGUUUAAACAAUGAAUUAGAAGAGCUCAGAGCGAAAGUAGGAGACUUAGAGAUGAAACUUAGAGAAAAAGAAAAAGAAGUUUCUUCGGCCAAAUCGAGACUGCACGAAGCAACAGCAGACUUGGAGACAGUAGAACAGAGAACAGAAAGAAAAUACAAGGACUCUAUCGGUUCAUUAGAAAAGCAUCACAAAGAUAGGAUAGAUGGCUUAAAUUCCCUUCUUGACGAGAAGGAGAGAAUAAUUCAAAACGAAAUUAAAUCAGCCUCCCAAAGGUUAAAAGACAAAGAAGCUAUGUUAGUGGAAGAAAACUCGUCCCAACUCCGGAAAUGGGAGAUGAGAGUAGAAGAAACAGAACAGAGAUACGAAAACAGACUCCAAUCUAUGACGUCAUCACAUGAAAGUGAGCUGAGUUCACUUAGACAGAAACACGAGAGGGAGCUGGAGGAGCAGCAGAGACAGAGAAAAGAUGAGCUGUGUGCGGUUUUGAGUGUUCAGCAGACGACCACUAAGUUGAAGGAGUUGACUGAUAAAGUAAAUCUCAGUGCGGAUGAGAUUGGUACUCUCACUGCCAAGUUGGAUAUUAACAGGACAGUGACGUUGGAGGAGCGGGAGAAGGCUGCUAAAGUUAUGAGCGAGUACCUACACGAUCUGAAGAGAGCUCUCGACAAACAGGAGAUGGACAUCAAGGAUGAGAGAUCUCGUCUUCAGGACGUGGUGGGGAAGAUGGAGUCACACCUUCGAGAACAGACUCGACAGUCAAAUGCAGCACAAGAUAGGAUCAUUGCUGACGAGGCCAGAUUAAGGAGUCUUCAGGCAUCUUGGGAAGCGGACAAAGCAGAGGAAGAGAGGAAAUUAGAGAAAGGUCGGGAGCAUUUAGAGAGAUCUAAGAGUUCCCUCCUCUCCGAACAAAGGGAACAAAUGGAGCUUUUGUAUAAGGAGAGAAAGGACAUUUCCAGGGAGAAAAGUAGGUUAGCUACUGCAUCACAAAAAGCUACGGAGAAGGUAGCUCAAGGUGCUGUGAAGCAACUCGAUAUCGAAGCACAAGCCCAGUCUAUAUUUGAUCAAACGAAGAGGAAAGCCACCAAGAUAACCGCAGAAAUGGAGAGACUUGACAACGAGAAGAAAACUUACUUUAGAGAUAGGGAUGAUUUAGAUGCUGAGAAGGAAAGGUUGACAAAGUUAGCAGAGAAGUUGUCAGCCCGGGUCUCAGAGACGGAACACUACGGAGAGGCCCUGAAUAAAGCUCGAACAGAAUGCUGUGUUGUACAACAACAGCUAGCCAAGCUGGAAACCGAACUAAGGAUGAGGGAAGACGAGAUUAAGAUUAGAGAGAAAUCUUUGAAAGACGCCACCAGCUCGAUCACAGCUGAGCGAGACCUCCUGAAACUGGACCGACAAAGUCUGAACGCGGAGGGAAUACAGUGUCCCGCCUGUCAGAUGUACCGUCCCAGAACCAGACAAAUAUCAGGCAGUCCCCUAAGGUCGAGUAGUCCAAUACGACAGAACCAGAUCUCACCGACCCCUGGAGGAGGACACAGUCCAAUUAGUCCGCUCAACCUGAGUCUACUCUCAAACGGCUCGUUUCUUGGCUCCAAGUAUAACAAAUACCCGAGUCCUUCUGUCCUGGAACUGACAGGAAGCUUACAACGAUUUAACGCACUCUCGGUACUAGACAGACAGGCACUUCAGCAUCAGAAGGAGAAGUUAUCACGGUUCAAGGAUAUGGACAGACAACUCCUCAACCCUUCUUACUCCUAAGUCCUACUGCAUAAAAUGAGACAUAUGUAGCCUCCGUUGUCGCACUUCGAGAGUCAUAGAUUAUUACAGAUUACAGAACUCCAGCCCACGGGAGUACUACUACAAGUAGUACCGGCCACGAAUUUCGUGUGUGACAGGGAAAUAUGGUCCGACACCGCGAACUAUACUAGGCAGCCCCGGUGGACAAUAUAAUGAACUUAUAGUGGACUAGUGUACUACUAGUGUACUACUAUAGUGGCGACUAGAAAACGACUUUGUAUAUCACGCAUCUGCGGGUCUAAAACAAGAUACUUUUGUGUACAUAGCUUGUUAAUCUUUGUGAAGUUAAAAGCAGAAGUCAAUGUAAUAUUCAUCACUUUGAGUGCCUUCUGAAGGACGAUCGCGAUGGUAUCAAAAAUGUAUUUAUGUUAUUAUAUCUUAACUUGGAGUUAGGACAGAGUGAUCGGUUGUAUCAUAAUAAAAUCAUCCAUCAGUGUUUCUAUUUUUAACUUUUAAUAUCGAUUUUACCACCUGGAUUACUUUUGUACAAUAACGGGGAUUGAUAACUUUUUCAAACAAGUUGUGUCUUCAUGUAAAUAAGCACUCCCUUUACUGCUCACAAUUGAAAUAGAGACUUAAGACGCAAAAAUUGACACCUUGUUCUUUAUUCAAGACCAGAAUGAUGAUAGAAUUCAACUGUGUAUACUGUAAUUAGCGCCAGGAUAAUGCUAGAAACAAUAAUGAUGGUUCUCCUAGGACCGAGUCCACAGGUUGAUUUAGAAAAUUAGGUCUCUAUUACAAGGUCAAAUAUGACAGGAAAGGCGUUGUUCUGAUUUUCAACAGAUUUAUUUUGAUUUAUCAAGUGAAAGAAUCGUUUUUAUUUCACAAUGAGAUAUACGGUCAAAUAGAUUUUACAGCAUAUACAAUAAAAAAGAAAUAUCCCUUAAAAAUAUAAAAACAAUUUUCCGGC